UAUACGUAUAUAUUUAGAUAUACCCAUUGUUAGAAAAUAGAAAUCCAGCGGAGGGAGAUGAAAAACUCUAAAUCCAAACAUCAAUAAUUAAGGCGAUGCAUUUCUGUUGGAUUUCUCUUAUUAUUCUCAGCCUUAGUAAAGUGCAGGCACAGUUUUAUGGGGGUAAUGCUUACGAAGCAUCCAGUGGUCAAUCCAUCCGCCUGGGCCUUAUCACCGACGACGUCACCGAUAGAAUCCGGCAGACUUUUGAGCACGCCAUCUCGGUGGUAAACAAUGAACUGGGUGUUCCUUUGGUCGGCGAAUCCGAGCAGGUAGCCUACGGCAACUCCAUUCAAGCAUUUUCCCAACUUUGUAGGCUAAUGCAGAGUGGAGUGGGAGCCGUCUUUGGACCAGCUGCCAGGCACACAGCCUCCCAUCUUUUGAAUGCCUGUGACUCGAAGGACAUACCCUUCAUAUACCCGCAUCUCUCCUGGGGAUCCAAUCCGGAUGGUUUUAAUCUGCAUCCCAGUCCGGAGGAUAUAGCCAAUGCGCUCUAUGACAUUGUAAAUCAGUUCGAAUGGUCCCGCUUUAUAUUCUGCUAUGAAUCCGCUGAGUACCUGAACAUUUUGGAUCACCUUAUGACCCGAUACGGCAUCAAAGGACCAGUCAUCAAAGUGAUGCGCUACGAUCUUAACUUGAAUGGCAAUUACAAAUCGGUGCUCAGGCGCAUAAGGAAGUCGGAGGACAGUCGCAUCGUGGUCGUGGGCUCAACAGGAGGCGUGGCGGAGCUACUGCGUCAGGCCCAACAGGUGGGCAUCAUGAACGAGGACUACACAUACAUCAUUGGGAACCUUAACCUGCACACCUUCGACCUGGAGGAGUACAAGUACAGUGAGGCCAACAUCACAGGUAUACGAAUGUUCUCCCCUGAUCAGGAGGAAGUGCGAGAUCUGAUGGAGAAGCUGCAGCAAGAACUGGGGGAGAGUGAACCCGUAAAUAGUGGUUCUACAUUCAUCACCAUGGACAUGGCUCUUACCUAUGAUGCGGUACGUGUGAUUGCGGAGACAACAAAACAUCUUCCCUACCAACCUCAGAUGCUAAACUGCUCCGAGCGCCACGACAAUGUUCAACCCGAUGGUUCCACUUUCAGGAACUACAUGAGAUCAUUGGAGAUCAAAGAGAAAACCAUCACAGGCCGCAUAUAUUUCGAGGGAAAUAUGCGCAAGGGUUUCACCUUCGACGUCAUCGAACUGCAAACCAGUGGAUUGGUCAAGGUUGGCACUUGGGAGGAGGGCAUGGACUUUGAGUUUCAACGGCCUCCCCAAGCUGUCAACUUUAAUGACAUUGACGAUGGCUCUCUGGUCAACAAAACCUUUGUCGUUCUUAUAUCUGUGGCGACCAUGCCGUACGCCAGUCUGGUGGAAAGUAUUGACACACUAAUAGGCAACAAUCAGUUCCAGGGCUAUGGAGUGGAUCUAAUUAAAGAGUUGGCCGACAAGCUGGGCUUUAACUUUACGUUCCGCGAUGGUGGCAAUGACUAUGGCUCCUUCAAUAAGUCCACGAAUUCCACGUCAGGAAUGCUCAAGGAAAUUGUGGAAGGGAGGGCUGAUUUGGCCAUCACUGAUCUCACCAUAACAUCGGAGCGAGAGGAAGUUAUCGAUUUUUCCAUACCAUUCAUGAAUUUGGGCAUAGCAAUUUUGUAUGUAAAACCUCAGAAGGCCCCACCCGCUCUUUUCUCCUUCAUGGACCCGUUUUCUUCGGAGGUGUGGCUCUACUUGGGCAUUGCCUAUCUGGGCGUAUCGCUCUGCUUCUUUAUUAUAGGCCGACUUUCGCCCAUCGAGUGGGAUAAUCCCUACCCAUGUAUUGAAGAGCCUGAAGAGCUGGAAAACCAAUUUACUAUCAAUAACUCCCUUUGGUUCACCACGGGAGCUUUACUGCAGCAAGGUUCUGAAAUUGCACCCAAAGCUCUCAGCACACGUACAAUAUCUGCGAUUUGGUGGUUUUUCACUUUGAUUAUGGUGUCUUCCUACACCGCAAAUUUGGCUGCCUUCUUGACCAUCGAGUAUCCCACUAGUCCCAUCAACAGUGUUAAAGACCUGGCCGAUAACAAGGACGACGUUCAGUAUGGAGCUAAACGUACAGGAUCUACGCGAAAUUUCUUUUCGACGUCAGAGGAACCCAUCUAUAUCAAAAUGAACGAGUACUUGAACGCUCAUCCGGAGAUGCUGAUGGAAAACAAUCAGCAAGGCGUGGACAAGGUGAAGGCGGGCACCAAGUACGCUUUCCUCAUGGAAUCCACCUCCAUUGAAUUUAACACGGUUAGGGAGUGCAAUCUGACAAAGGUGGGAGAUCCGCUGGAUGAGAAGGGCUAUGGCAUAGCGAUGGUGAAAAAUUGGCCCUAUCGCGAUAAGUUCAAUAAGGCUCUGCUGGAGCUGCAGGAACAAGGUGUCUUGGCCAGGUUGAAGAACAAAUGGUGGAAUGAAGUUGGAGCCGGUGUUUGCAGUGCAAAAAGCGAUAACAGUGGGCCUUCUGAGUUGGGCGUAGACAAUCUGAGUGGCAUAUACGUUGUCUUGAUCAUCGGAUCCAUCAUUUCCAUGAUUAUCUCCAUUCUAUGUUGGUGCUUCUUUGUCUACAAGAAAGCUAAGAACUAUGCGGUACCGUUUUGCGAUGCCUUGGCUGAGGAAUUUAAAAUUGUCAUUCGCUUUUCCGAAAAUGAAAGACCUCUAAAAAGCGCCCAAUCCAUAUACUCUCGUAGCCGGAAUUCAUCUCAGUCCAUAGAGUCCCUUAAAACUGAUUCUGAGGAAAAUAUGCCGCCAUAUAAAAUGUUUUGCAACCAUUUUGUAAUUUUGUGGAGCAUUAUUAGCAUUAAAAUUUCAGUUAACAGGGCUCAGUAUGAGAACUUUGGCGGAUUCGAUAACUUCCAAAGUUUGGGAAGUGUCCCCAUCGGUCUGCUCACCGACCAGAACACGGAGCAGAUGAACAUAGUCUUCGACCAUGCCAUCGAUGUCGCCAACCAGGAGGUGGGCACUACCUUGACGGCGCUCAAGGAGGAGGUUAACUACGGGGAUGCGUACCAGAGCUACGGCAGGCUGUGCAGGAUGCUGGAGACAGGCAUCGCUGGAGUGUUUGGACCCUCGUCGCGGCACACUGCCGUCCACCUGAUGUCCAUAUGCGACGCCAUGGACAUACCCCACAUCUACUCCUACAUGAGCGAGAACGCGGAGGGAUUCAAUCUGCAUCCGCAUCCGGCUGACCUGGCCAAAGCUCUAUACAGCCUAAUCACGGAGUUCAAUUGGACCCGCUUCAUUUUCCUCUACGAGUCGGCCGAGUAUCUGAACAUUUUGAACGAGUUAACCACGAUGUUAGGAAAGAGUGGAACUGUGAUCACGGUGCUGCGAUACGACAUGCAGUUGAAUGGCAAUUACAAACAGGUCCUCCGGCGUGUUCGAAAGUCCGUGGAUAAUCGCAUAGUGGUCGUGGGCUCCAGUGAAACGAUGCCAGAGUUUCUAAACCAGGCGCAACAAGUGGGCAUCAUCAACGAGGAUUACAAGUACAUAAUCGGUAACCUGGACUUUCACUCUUUCGAUUUGGAGGAGUACAAGUACAGUGAGGCCAAUAUAACCGGUCUGCGUUUGUUUUCUCCGGAAAAAAUGGCCGUCAAGGAACUGCUCAUGAAGUUGGGUUACCCCACCGAUCAGGAUGAGUUCAGGAAUGGUUCUUGUCCCAUAACCGUGGAAAUGGCCCUAACCUACGAUGCCGUCCAGUUGUUUGCACAGACCCUAAAGAACCUUCCCUUCAAGCCGGUGCCCCAAAACUGCUCGCAAAGAACAGAAAGCGUCCGAGAUGAUGGUUCCUCCUUCAAGAAUUAUAUGCGAACUCUGCGCCUCACGGAUCGUCUGCUUACGGGACCCAUCUACUUCGAAGGAAACGUCCGCAAGGGGUACCACCUGGAUGUCAUCGAACUGCAACCGUCGGGAAUCGUCAAGGUGGGCACAUGGGACGAGGAACGGCAGUAUAGACCACAGCGACUGGCACCCACCACCGCCCAAUUCGAUAGCGUUGACAAUUCGCUGGCCAACAAGACCUUUAUUAUCUUGCUCUCGGUACCGAACAAACCAUAUGCCCAACUGGUGGAGACCUACAAGCAGCUAGAGGGUAACAGCCAGUAUGAGGGAUACGGUGUGGAUCUAAUCAAGGAACUGGCCGAUAAGCUGGGCUUUAAUUUUACAUUCGUAAACGGAGGCAAUGAUUAUGGAUCGUACAACAAAUCCACAAAUGAAUCCACGGGCAUGCUGAGGGAGAUAAUGACUGGGCGAGCUGACCUGGCUAUCACGGAUUUGACCAUUACUUCUGAGCGUGAACAGGCUUUAGACUUUACCAUACCCUUCAUGAAUCUGGGCAUCGCAAUUCUCUAUUUGAAGCCCCAGAAAGCUACACCUGAGCUGUUUACCUUCAUGGACCCCUUUUCGGAGGAAGUCUGGUGGUUCCUAGGUUUUUCCUUUUUGGGCGUUUCCUUGAGUUUCUUCAUAUUGGGCCGUCUGUCGCCAAGCGAAUGGGAUAACCCGUAUCCUUGUAUUGAGGAGCCAGAAGAACUCGAAAACCAGUUUACAAUAGGCAACUCGAUUUGGUUUACAACUGGAGCGCUCCUUCAGCAGGGUUCUGAAAUUGGUCCUAAAGCUUUAUCCACUCGAACUGUAGCCAGUUUCUGGUGGUUCUUUACCCUGAUUGUCGUCUCUUCUUACACCGCCAAUUUGGCUGCCUUCUUGACCAUUGAAAAUCCGCAAAGUUUAAUCAACAGCGUAGACGAUCUGGCAGAUAACAAGGAUGGUGUGGUUUACGGUGCAAAGAAAACUGGAUCCACCAGAAACUUCUUUAUGACCUCCGCGGAAGAACGAUAUAAGAAGAUGAAUAAAUUCAUGUCCGAAAAUCCUCAAUAUCUCACCGAAGACAACAUGGAGGGAGUAAAUCGAGUUAAGACCAAUACCCACUAUGCGUUUCUGAUGGAAUCCACUUCCAUUGAGUAUAAUACCAAGCGUGAAUGCAAUCUUAAAAAGAUUGGAGAUGCAUUGGACGAGAAAGGCUAUGGAAUAGCCAUGAGGAAGGAUUGGCCGCAUCGCGGCAAGUUCAAUAAUGCCCUCCUGGAACUGCAGGAACAGGGAGUGCUGGAGAAAAUGAAGAACAAGUGGUGGAACGAGGUGGGCACCGGAAUUUGCGCCACCAAAGAGGAUGCUCCUGAUGCGACACCUUUGGAUAUGAAUAACUUGGAGGGAGUUUUCUUCGUACUCCUCGUCGGCAGUUGCUGCGCCUUGCUUUACGGGAUUAUCAGCUGGGUUUUGUUUGUGAUGAAGAAAGCUCAUCACUAUCGAGUUCCGCUGCGCGACGCUCUCAAAGAGGAAUUCCAGUUCGUUAUCGAUUUCAAUAAUUAUGUACGGGUAUUGAAAAACUCCGCUUCCAUCUACUCGCGCAGUCGUCAGUCCUCGAUGUCAGUAGCUUCUGUGGCCCAGGAAUCGCAGUAGAAUGAAAUCCUUUUCACUCGUCGAAUGCCGGUUGAAAUAUAUUUGUUUUUUUGCAUGUCUAAAGUAUGGUUUCACGGAU